GAUACGAAAUUAGAGAGCUAAAAGUUGUUGUUAGAUAUAAUGCCUGAUAAUAAUGAACUGGAUGAUGUUUCUGCAAUGAGGCUGACCUUUCAGCAUUUCUCCUUGAUAGACUAUUCGGUCUUUGUAAUAAUGUUGGCAAUGUGUGGUGGGAUUGGAAUUUAUUUCGGGUUUGUCAAAAGGCAGAGUUCAACUCAGGAAUAUUUGAUGGGUGGGAGAAAUAUGAAAUUGGUUCCAGUCUGCUUUUCACUCGUAGCAAGUUAUAUUUCAGGAAUAUCCUUGUUAGGAACACCGACCGAACUUUACUUAUACGGGACUGCAUACGUUUUUACACUAAUAGGGGCUUUGAUUGUUUCCAUCCUAAUAACACGUACAUUUAUACCCGUGUUCCAUGAAUUGCAACUAACAUCUGCUUAUGAAUAUUUGGAGCUUCGCUUCGAUAAGCGGUUAAGAGUUUUCGGAUCUGUUUUGUUUAGUGUUUAUUUGAUGGCUUGGCUACCUAUAGUUAUCUAUGUACCAGCGCUGGCCUUUAAUCAAGUUACAGGUGUGAAUAUACAUAUUGUUUCACCAAUCGUGUGUCUCGUCUGUAUAUUUUAUACAUGUGUGGGAGGUCUAAAAGCAGUUGUUUGGACUGAUGUUAUUCAAACAAUAGUUAUGAUUGGUGCGAUGAUAUUAGUGAUAAUCAAAGGCACUAUAAUUGUUGGGGGGGUUGGAGAAGUUUUUAACAAAAGUUGGGUAACUUCCAGAAUAGAGUUUCCAAGCAUUAGUUUUGAUUUGACCGAGAGACAUUCAAUUUGGUCUGUAUCUAUUGGAUCAACUUUUUAUUGGAUCGGAAACAUCGCUGUCAAUCAAUCGAUGUUGCAACGAUUCCUAGCAUUGCCAGACUUAAAAAUGUCCAUACGUGCAGUAUGGGGAUUUCUUUGCGGAGUAUUUUUUAUAGCUAUCAUAUGUGCAUACAGUGGUCUGCUAGCCUACGCUAGAUACUAUGAAUGCGAUCCUUUGAACUCCAAACUAGCAUUGGCGAAAGAUCAACUCCUUCCUUUAUUAGUAAUGGACGUUUUGGGGGAAUGGAAGGGAAUGCCAGGUAUCUUCGUUGCGGGUGUAUUUAGCGCUGCUUUGAGUUCCUUGUCAACUGGGUUGAACUCAAUGGCUGCAGUUGUUCUGGAAGAUUUUUGGAAACCAUUUUUCCGAAAACUAAGCCGCAGAGAAACACAAAUUCUCGUAAGAGCAGUUGUUGUUAUACUGGGCUGCAUCUGUGUUGGUUUGGUAUUUGUGGUGGAAAAACUCGGUUCUGUGUUACAAUUAACGAUGAGCUUGUCGUCGGCGUCUAUGGGACCGCUUGCAGGAAUAUUUUUGAUGGGCUUGUUUUUACCUUUCAUCGAUAGUGUUAGUGCACUGAGCGGUGGAAUUGUAGGUCUUACAUCAGCAUGGUGGGUGGCAGCACAAUCGCAACUCGCACAGGCCAGGGGUCACCUUACGUUUGAGGAAAAAGAAAGAUACACAUUCAACUGUACUUACACAUUUUCACCACCGUUGGAAAGAGAACCUCUCGAGUUGGAAGUGCCAUUUUUGUAUCGGAUCUCUUAUUUAUGGUUUACUGCAUUUGGGUGCACGCUAACGGUGGUGGUUGCUUGCCUCGUCAGCUUGAGGUCUUCGGCGCGGAAGCAAUAUGAUCACAGAUUGUUUGCACCAUUUCUCAGAGCUUGGGUGUUAACCAAGAACGAGGUCGAUCAAAUGGAUUUAAAAAGUAUUUCGAGAUGACCUCAAAUUACAGAAGGUGCCUUUAUUAUUUCAUGCUAUUCCGGUACA